GAAAGUUAUUCACCCCGGUUCUACUUUGUUUACAAAUGGCUGAAUUUCCAAGUCUAUGCAUGUAAUGAAUUAAGGAGAGAAAUUCAAUAUGACAGAUGCUUUUGGCUCAAUAACUUGGUGGGGAUUCAGUCCCGCAUUAGACUUGCAAGAUGGUGAUCAUAUGAAGGCAAUGAAAGAUUUGAGUCUUUCUGAUGCAAAAGAGAAUGAGCUCAAUAUUUUAUUAAUUGGUGCUGGUGACUUGCGGCAUGUUCUGAUGACAAUAGCUAAAUCAUACAGACAUACUAGAAAGAAAUUAAAUUUUUAUGUGCUAGAAAGUAACUUAGAAUUGUAUGCUAGAGGAAUGCUGUUUCUAACAAUUGCUCUGGAACCACAGUACAGAAUGGGACUUCAAGAAAAGACAGAGCUAUUCCUUGAAGUUUAUGGCAAUAUCCUAGUGAGAAAACAGUCAGAAGAAUAUAUAGUCAAAAUGGCAACAGAAUUUAUCAAAAUGGUUACAGAUUUUGACUAUUUGGAGAAAAAGUUACCUGUAGUUGACUUAAGCCAAUUGAAGUUUAAAGAAAGAGAUUUUAUGGAAGCAAUAUUCAAAUUAUGGAGAAACAGAGAAGUUGCUGGAAUUUUUGAAGUGUCAAAAUAUUGGGAUUUGCGACAGAGACAAUAUCUAGGUGUAAGAUAUGAUACAAAAGCAAAUGUUUAUGACUGGGAUUAUAAUAUGAGAUUAGCACAAAGGGAUGGAGAUAUUGUCCACACACAUGAAUAUCGGUCAUGGAGAAAUACAGGGGUAGCAUUUGAGAUAAGAGAAGGUGAUUAUGAUGUACCAAAUAAAACAAUGGCUUCAGGUCUUAUCCUGACACAUCAAGGAGAGAAACAUGCAAGACGAGGAUACUGGGGUGAUAUUCUAGUUAGUCCAUACGUUCCCAUGGGAAUACAAUGCGAGGAAAAAUCUUUCUUUAAGAAACAAAAUAAACAAUUUACAAAGACCUCAGCAAAUGUAGCAGAAUAUAAUGUUAUAUCCAUGUUUCAUGAAAUAUCUACUGGCAAACCAUAUAUUUCACCUGAACAAAAGGAAGAAAUUGAAAAACCAUCUGGACCUACUGUUACAGAAAUUGUGGAAGAGGAAAAUGAUUUACAAAACAAACAAGAAGGGGAAAAGGUGGAAGAAGAGUCAGGGGAAGAGGAUAAGGAUGGGGGAGACACAAGUUCCUCAGAGAACAAACCAUUAGAUGCUGAAUAUGUGCCAUUACCACUAGAAGAUGUUAAGAUAACAUUCCUGCCUAUUGGCUCUUUGACAGAUCUCUCCAAGAAGAGCAAAUAUAAACAUUUAUUCCACAUAAGCUACUUCUCAAACAGGGAGAUCUAUCCAACUCACUCAAGUAUUGACGCCGGCAUCACACUUUUUGGUUAA